CCUUCAUCGAGUAAGCUUCUUUUCGGGGCUUCAUUGAUAGUCUGAAAAUGCCUGUUACACGGGCUUUAAGGCCUGUCUGCAUAUCCUGCAGGUUCAAUCAGCUCACGCUAUCUCAAAGAAUUUCCCCCCGUGCAUUCCAUGCGGCGGCAAUUCGCCCACGGCCUCGUGUUCGAUCGCAAGCACUUCGAGUGUCAUCCGCACAAAAUUCAAAGCCCGAAGUCACAGAACAAGCUCGGGAACAUGAAGAUGAAUCGGUGUUUCGCGCAGAGUUUUCUCCGCCGCUUUCGGCAGAGCAAUUAGAGGCGCUUGUCCGUCACGCUCGACAUACCUACGGCGAAUACCUACCAGAGAAAGUCCUUUCAGAAAACGAGUAUAGACUCUAUGAGAGAUUGUACGGCCCGCCAUUGCCGAUUCCCGAAUAUGAAGCACGCGAUGUCGAUGGAGAACAUGAAUCCGAGACAAAAGAUUUAUGGCUAAAGGAAAACAAACAUGGAGAGCUAGAGAUUGUCGAGGUGGACCGCCCGGCGGAGUCUCACCAGGAAAUAGCUCAGGAAGACCUUGAGGAGACACCCUCCGACGAUGAAGCGGAAGAUCUUGAACUCCAUGCCUCUGAUGAUACAAACCUACGAACGCAUCCAUUUACAAUAGCGGGAAGAUUUGCCACGUCACCGUCCACGCUUCAAUUGCCUGCAGAAAGCUUCACCGACCCCGUUACGGCGCUACUGUCUGAUUCAUCAAAUAAACAUAUAUCUGAAGCAGCACACAAAGUGCUUGGCGGUCCUGGUUUGCCAUACUCGCCAGGUACUCCAGCAUCGAAGCGACACCUCCCCCAGAAACCGAUUGGCUUAAGCUCAUUUCAGACAAGGAUGUCGGAUAUGGAAAGUAAUGUAUAUGUUGCCGCAGUUAUGCCCGGCAUAUAUGCCUCUGUCAUGAGCACCCUUGUAGAGGUGAGGAAAAGGCUCGGCACCGAAUGGAUCAAGGAAUUGCUUCAAAAAGAGGGGGGUCCGCGGAUUUUGGACACAGGCGCUGGCGGCGCUGGCGUUAUUGCAUGGCGAGAAGUGCUACAAGCCGAGUGGAAACGUCUUCAUGAUGCGGGUGAAAUUAAAACCACAGCAGAAGAAGCGCCUCUGGGAAGAGCAUCUGUAAUCACGGGCGCAGCCCCGCUUCGUCAUCGAGCAAGUCGACUUCUCGAGAACACAACAUUUUUGCCGCGACUUCCUGAUUAUGUUCAUACUCCGAACCCGGAGAGUCUCCUUGACCCUUCUACUCCUUCGACGGGUCGAAAGCAAUUUGACAUCAUUGUGGCCCCACACAAUCUUCUUCCUUUCAAUGAAGAAUACCUGAGGAAGAUGCACGUGGAGAACCUGUGGUCUCUCUUGAAUCCCAACGGAGGUGUGCUUAUUCUCAUCGAAAAGGGCAUUCCGCGAGGGUUCGAGGCUAUUGCCGGAGCUCGUCAGAUGCUCCUAGACAAUUAUAUCUCCUCGCCCGGAUCCGAACACGUCGCCAGUGACCUACAAGAAAAGGAACGGUCCUCAAUCACUGCCUCGCCCCGACUUAAAGAGACGGGAAUGAUUAUUGCUCCAUGUACCAACCACGCCAAAUGCCCAAUGUAUUUGACUCCCGGCAUCAGUCAAGGCCGCAAAGACUUUUGCCAUUUCAGUCAGCGCUACAUUCGCCCGAGCUACCUCCAGCGUAUCCUCCAAGCCUCUGCUCGAAACCACGAAGACGUUGACUUUAGCUACGUUGCUCUACGACGGGGACGAGACGAGCGUAAAACACAUGGCCUCAUCCAAGGGUCAGAAGCCACGGAAGCUGCAUUCGCUGGCUACGAGACUCCCGCGACUCUUUCCCAGUCCCUUGAACAGGAACAGCAACAAGUCCCUUCCACGUCUUCUCCUUCCACUUCGUCCUCUAACUCUACCUCUACUCCCGAGACAUCCUUUGCAUCCGACCAAAGCUCUACUCCCACAACUACCUCGUCAAAUGCCGAGCCAGAAGUCCCAACUCUCAAUACCCUCUCCCUUCCUCGCUCCAUCCUCCCGCCCCUCAAACGCCGCGGCCACGUCAUACUCGACCUCUGCACCCCUUCCGGCACUCUCGAGCGCUGGACCGUGCCCAAGUCCUUUGGUAAACAAGCGUAUCGAGACGCGCGCAAGUCCUCGUGGGGAGAUCUCUGGGCCCUGGGCGCUAAAUCCCGCAUGGAUCGACCCGUCAAGCUCGGAGUGCGCACUCCCGGUAAAAAGAAUAAAGCCAAGGGCAAGGAUGUCUUCGAAGUCAAUGUCGGCCAGGAAGGAUCCGAUGCUGUCCGACUCGCCAGCGGUCCCUCGAAGAAAGUCGUUCCUUCAAAGCAAAGAGUCAAAGGCCGGACCAAGGGCAAGCAGGAGAGAUUGUCACAUCAGCAGACCUCGCGCAAGGGUGCGCUCGAAAAUAUGGAGUGAUGUAUCUUCUGCACUCUCCUUUGUCUAUUGUGUCGGCGCCAAGCGGAAAUGGUGGCCAUGGCUUUUUGCUUGGAGUAGGUGUUCAUAUAAAUUGGAUUAGACCACACUGGGCCAUUGUAAAAGGCGUGUUGUUUCUUUAAGGCGUUGAUGUCUUCUUCCCUCUACGAUUUUGCAAAGCUUGGACGUUCAUAACUAUCUCGACUCUCAUUUCGACAUUUCCCCUCCUCUCUUGCCUGCAUGUACAUUUUAGAAAUAAUUAAAGGAUGAUUGUAAAUAGUGCAAUACAAUCUCAACCCUCUCCC